AUGUUUCUUAAAACAUACAACGAUUCUACGUCAAUCCAGCAGCAACAUGAUAAUCAAAAUCAUCACAUAACACAAACUAUUUCAAUACCAGGCAAUACAAUAAAUUCAACACAAUCAGCAACAAUAAGUUAUAAAAUACCAUCUUAUAUAAUGAAUGAUAAAUCAAUGAUACAAGCAACAGAUCCAUUAAAUAUUGAACGUCUUACAAAUCAAUAUAAUAUUAAACCAUCAAAAGAGGAUACAAUAAAUUUAGAUAUUGAAUAUUUUAAUUAUAAUGAAAUAAAUUGUCAAUCAAAAAAUCAAUCACCAUGUUCAUCACCAACAUCAUUAGAUCCAUGGUUAACAUUUAAUAUACAACAAAGGCAAUUCUUGUUAUCAUCAAAUUUAAAUAAUAGUAAUAAUAUAAAUAAUGAUUUAUUUAGUGAAUUAAAAGAUGUAAUGGAAAUUGGUAAAUUAUCUAAUAAUAGUAGUAAUAAUAAUUAUAAUAUAGAUGAAGAACGUAUUAUAAGUAGUUCAUCAAAUUUAAUUUGUCUAUGGGAAGAUUGUCAUGAAAAUUUUAUAAAUCAAAGUGCAUUAGUUGUACAUAUUGAGAAACGGCAUGUUGAAGUAAAAAAAGGUGAAGAAUUUGCAUGUUUUUGGGCUGAAUGUCCAAGAAGAUUUAAACCAUUUAAUGCCAGAUAUAAAUUAUUAAUACAUAUGAGAGUUCAUAGUGGUGAAAAACCAAAUAAAUGCCCAUUCACUGGCUGUAAUAAAGCAUUUUCACGGUUAGAAAAUCUGAAAAUACAUCAGAGAUCACAUACAGGAGAACGACCAUAUGGUUGUCAGUAUCAAGGAUGCCAAAAAGCAUUUAGUAAUAGUUCUGAUCGUGCUAAACAUCAACGGACACAUUACGAUACAAAACCUUAUGCAUGUCAAUUACCUGGAUGCACGAAACGUUAUACUGAUCCAUCUAGUUUACGUAAACAUGUAAAAAAUCAUUCUGUUCGUGAUCAACAACAAAAUACACGUCGUAAAUCAAUAAAAUCUGAAGUUAAUUUAUCACCACCAUCAACACCAUCAACAAUAAAAUCUAAUACAUCAAGUUCAUUAAAAAAUUCUACUUUAAAUGCAACUAAAACAGUAACAACAAAUGAAUUACAAAAGUCAUCUGUAGUUACAGCUUUAAAAAAAAUUCGUCGUCAUUCUGAAUCUUCAAUAAUAGCAACAUCAACAACAAAUAAAUCAUCGAAUUCUUCAAAAUGCACUCAACAAGAAAAUCAUAAUAGUAAAUCAAUAAAUAAACGAUCUAAAUUGAAUUCAGUUUCAAUACCAAUCAAAAAUUUCACAUAUGAAAAUCAGCAAAAUGAUAAAAAUUCUGUACUAUGGAACAAUAAUUCUGUUUCCAACAAUAUGACAAUGACAUCCAUCACUGACGAAUAUUUUCCAUUUGACGACGUUUUUGUUAGUAAAUUCUUAUCAUGUAGUAAUGAAACCGAAAAAUUUUCACCAGAAACAAAAACUUCAAUUGAAUCACUUAAUGAUAAUAAUUUAAUAAUAGAUAUAUUUCACAUGCAUCAUUAUCAUCCUCUCCCUCAACUAUUUCUUCAUCAAAUUUAA